AUGGAUUUGCUCUCUGACUCCGGGUUUGCAAACGCCUUGUUUUGGACGCUCAACUUGGAGCCCGGCAGUGGAGCACUGUCAGCGCCGGUCUGUUCGUCUUGGGUCUUCCUGUCAAGAGGAUCAACCCUUCGCAGCCGGACCAAUCCUCUUGGAAGAAACGACAGCGAAUGCGUCCGACAGGGCAACAUUCUGUGCGGCCGCACCCUGGUCUUAAUGAUACUCUGCGCUGCCAAAGGCAUAUUCUGGUGCCUAGAACAACCGCAGACGUCAUGCAUGGAGUGGCACCCAUUGUUUCAGUACAUGGUCAGGCUACUCAGAGUCCGGUCCCUGAGAUUCCGCAUGUCUGAAUUUGGAGCGCCCACAAAAAAGCCUACCAUCCUCUAUGCGAGCCAUCAAUGCAUUGACGACAUCCUGGAGUACAAAGUCCCCGAGCGCCUUGCGCAGAAAGACAUGGUGCGCCGCUACGUCAACGGCGCCGGUGAACACCGAGUGCAAGGAGGAAAAGACCUCAAGCAAAGCCAAUCAUAUCCGGCUGGGAAGCCUACAGGGAAAGAUGCCUUGGCUAAGAAACUGACCAAAGAUAUCCGGAUGCAUGCCAAGGAAUCAAAAACAAAGAAACAGACUGAUCAAAAGGGGAAAGACGCCAAAGACAAGCCUGAGGAGAAAGACACGAAGAAACAGAAGCAGGCUAAGAAGGAGGAAAAGACAGGAAAAGACAAGGAGGUUGAAAAGACUCAGAGCAAGAAGCAAGGAAAGGCUCAAGCGCAGCAGAAGAUCCAGGAGGUGAAAGAGGAAGAGAAACAAAAAGAGAAGAAGGAGAAAACCCAGAAGCAGAAGAAGGAUAAGGAAGGCAAGGGAAGCUCAAAAAAGGAUGGCGAAGAGAAGAAGGAACACAAGGAAGUCAAGGAAAGCCGAAAGGAGAAGAAAGAGAAGAAGGAAGCGAAGGAAAGUGCAAAAGAGAAGAAAGAGAAGAAGGAAGCCAAGGAAAGCGGAAAGGAGAAGAAGGAUGUGAAGCAGGCUGAGAAGAAAAGGUCAAAGAAAAAGGAAGAUGAGAAGAAGGAGAAGAAAGAGGAAGCCAGCGCUGCUAAGGAAGGCAAGAAACGUGGCAAUGAUGGCAAGGAUGAGGCUGUGAAGCCAAAGAAAGCAAAAGAUACUGAUAUGGAGCUUGGCGGGUCAUCGACUGCACCCUCUUCCAAGCCACUCGAAGUAGAAGAAGAAGAAGAAACAGAGGUUGAUGAAGAGGAAGAAGAAGGAGAAGAAGAGAAUGAUCAGGCAGAGGAGGAGGAGGGAGACGAAGAGAGCGAGUCAGAGGAGAAUGAAUGUGAUGAAGAGGGAGAUGAAGUGGGAAGCGAAGAAGACGCGGAGGAGGAUGAGGAGGAGGACGAAGACCGGAAUGAAGCAGAGGAGGAGGAAGACGAAGGGGAAAGCAGUGACAGUGCAGACUACGGCUUGGAUGGCAGUGAGUCUGACUCUGAAGAUGAAAAGGACCCAACCGCUCUUUCAGAAUGUCGAGCUUUGGUCCCUGUCGUGAAGGAAACCUCGGAUCGGACCUCUGAUCUAGAAAAGGCUACGCGCAACAGCACAACCAACAAGCGGGAGUGGGACACAUUCAACCGUAGGUUGACAAGCUCCAAGAACGCUGCUGUGGCGGGCUUGAGUGAGCACGUAGCAAAGAACAAGGUGGACCUCUUCAACAUCUGGCUCGACAACGGCCACGAUGUCCAGGGUGCAUGCUUGGAGCUGACCCGUCGGGCUGAAGCCACUCAGCGGGCCACAGCUGGCUGGGAAGCUGUGCAAGGAAGAGAGUUGAGGAAACGCUAUGGGGACAAUGAGGAAAAGUUCAAUAAGGUGGUCAAGGCGCGAGAAGCGGCUGGUUUGUUCUAUGAAGACCAAGACUUUCCAGGCGAUGUCGAUGAAACUUGGUACUUUAUGCGCGUUGGAAGCAGUUUCAAGACCGAGAACACGACUUCCGAGAGCGUGAACAUCACGGCAGCGUCGCGUCUUGACAAAGCUGGUCUUCAAGCUUUGACUGAUGAAAGCGAUGGUGUCCUUCGAGCGGGAGCCCUGCCUGAGAUCUCUGGCUUGUCGCAGCAGCAGAACAAGGGUCUCCUCACGGCGAUGGCUCAGGCUGCGCCCGUGAAGUCGAAAAAGAAAGAGAAGGAAAAGAACAAGAGCGAGGAGGUUGUUCCAAAGACUCUUGAGGAAACAGCCAAAGAUGAAAUGGCAGAGAUACUCAAAGUUGCUGCUUCGUCCCGCACCAAAAGCAUGGAGCUAUCGAAUAUCCAGUACGCCGCUGAGUUGAGCAAGCAAUUGCUCGACUAUGCAGUGUCUCUUGAGGAGAUCUACAAAGACUUGCGGAAAGCGGUGGAGGACAAAUCUGAGGCCAACAUGCAAAAGACGCUGGACCUUGUGCAAAAAAAGAAGGCUUUCGGUGAAAAAGCCAAGGCCGCUGCAGGAGCCUUCCUGAGAUCGGGCCCGAAGAAGAAGAAGUCCGAUAAGAAGGGGGAGGAUGAGUCGACGCCGACUGGAUCCACAAAGAAGAAGAGAAAGGUAGCUGCUGCCAAGCCAGAGUGA